AUGGGAAUGGAGCGAAAGGAACUUUCGAGCAAUUGGAGAAAGCUUCAACAGUCUCUCAAGCCCAGUAGCUCAUCGCCUAGCAAGGAUUCAGCUGCGAAAAAACGGACAUCUACUGGUGGCUCGGCAGCAUACAAUGACAGCGUGAAGAGGAGGAGAGUCUUCUCGUCGUCGAAAAGUUCGACCGCUGUUGAUAAUAGCUCACUCCGCGGACCGGCGUUUAAACGGCGGAGAACUAUGUCCACGGCUACAGAUGUAGCAGAUAAUACAGAGACUACGCCGGUAGCAUCUUCAAGGCAGACAGCUUCUGACAAGGACCUAGUGAAUAUAGGGCUAUCACCCGAGAUCGAAGUGGGAAAAUAUGUUGCGAUCGAUUGCGAGAUGGUAGGCGUAGGACCAAACCCCGAUAAGGACUCAGCCCUCGCCCGCGUCAGUAUCGUGAACUACAAUGGUGAUCAGGUCUACGACUCCUAUGUCCGGCCCAAAGAAAUGGUCACCGACUGGCGCUCGCAUGUAAGCGGAAUUCUCCCUAAACACAUGGUCGAGGCGCGCUCGCUAGAGACCGUUCAGCGAGACGUAGCGAAGUUGCUUGACGACCGGAUCUUGGUCGGACAUGCGGUGCGGAACGAUCUCGAUGCGCUACUGCUCAGCCAUUCGAAACGCGAUAUCAGGGAUACCAGUCGACAUCCACCGUAUCGAAAGUUUGCGGGUGGAGGGUCGCCGAAACUGAAGGUAUUAGCUUCAGAGCUUCUAGGGUUAGAAAUACAGGGUAGUGCACACUCGAGUGUUGAAGAUGCCAGAGCGACGAUGAUGCUUUUCCGUAGGGACAAGGAUGGGUUUGAGAGGGAGCAUUUAAAGAAGUGGCCUGCUCGGACGGUGCCGGCGUCUGAUGGGACUGGCGAGCAAAAGAAGAAAAAGAAACCAAAGAAGAAAAAGAAGUGA